UUUUCUCGUAUAACACACAAACUCAUCUCUCUCUCUCUCCUCUUUCCCUCUCUCUCACCUUCUCUUCAACAAUGUUACUAAUCAUAUCUUUCAUCAUCGUCUCAAUCAUCUUCUUCGUAACAUUCUCACUCUUCCACAUACUCUUCCUUCAAAAGCUACGUUACUGCAACUGCGAGAUCUGUCAUGCUUACCUCACUUCAAGCUGGAGAAAAGACUUCGUCAACCUCAGCGACUGGUACACUCACCUCCUCCGGCGAUCUCCGACGUCUACGAUCAAAGUCCACGUUCUCAACAGCGUGGUCACGGCGAAUCCAUCGAACGUCGAACAUAUCCUCAAAACCCAUUUCCACAACUACCCGAAAGGCAAACAGUUCUCCGUUAUACUCGGUGAUCUCUUAGGCCGUGGAAUCUUCAACUCCGAUGGAGACACGUGGCGGUUCCAGAGGAAACUCGCGAGUUUGGAACUCGGGAGUGUUUCCGUGAGAGUGUUCGCUCAUGAGAUUGUUAGGAACGAGAUCGAGACACGUCUUGUUCCGAUCCUGACAUCGUUCUCGGACAGUCUCGGUUCGGUUCUGGAUCUGCAAGAUGUGUUUAGAAGAUUCUCCUUUGAUACGAUUAGUAAACUGUCGUUUGGGUUUGACCCGGAUUGUCUCCGGUUACCUCUACCGACAUCGGAAUUCGCCGUGGCUUUCGAUACGGCGUCGACAUUAUCGGCGAAACGAGCUUUAGCUCCGUUUCCUCUGUUAUGGAAACUCAAAAGGUUCUUUAGGAUUGGUUCUGAGAAAAAGCUUAAAGAAUCGAUCGAUGUGAUAAACCGGUUAGCUGGUGAUUUGAUCAAGCAAAGGAGAUUAACCGGUUUAGUUGGUAACAACGAUUUGAUAUCUAGAUUCAUGGCGGUUGUGGCGGAGGAUGAUGAUGAGUAUCUCCGAGACAUCGUCGUGAGUUUUCUAUUGGCUGGGAGGGAUACGGUAGCUUCCGGUUUAACCGGAUUUUUCUGGUUAUUGACACGUCAUCCGAAAGUAGAAAACCGGAUCCGGGAAGAGUUAGACAGGGUCAUGGGGACCGGUUUUGGCUCGGUCACUGCCGGUUAUGAUGAAAUGAGAGAUAUGAAUUAUUUGCAUGCGACGCUAUACGAGAGCAUGAGAUUGUAUCCGCCGGUUCAAUUCGACUCCAAAUUCGCUUUGAACGAUGACGUUUUGUCUGAUGGUACGUUUGUGAAACGAGGGACUAGAGUGACGUACCAUGCUUACGCAAUGGGUCGGAUGGGUCGGAUCUGGGGACCGGAUUACGAAGAGUUUAAACCAGAGAGGUGGUUGGAUAACCAAGGUAAAUUCCGUCCCGAAAAUCCGGUUAAGUACCCGGUUUUUCAGGCCGGAGCUAGGGUUUGUGUGGGGAAAGAAAUGGCCAUCAUGGAGAUGAAAUCCAUAGCGGUGGCGAUCAUUAGGAGGUUCGAAACACGGGUCGCUGGUCCCGAGUCCACCGAUAUGCUACGGUUUGCGCCUGGUCUAACCGCGAUGGUUAACGGUGGAUUACCUGUUAUGAUCCAAGAAAGGACUUAGGUUCAUAAAGUCAAUAUAUGUAUAAUAAUACCACUUUAUAAAAAACAUAGAUAUAUAUAUAUAUAUAUUAAAAAAAAAUAUAUAUAUAUAUAUAUAUAGAGUCUGUUUAUAAACUGACCAAUUAUUGUUAACAUGUAAACACAAAUGUUGACAACAUCUAUGUGUAUCAUUAUCUCU